GAUACUUUUCGCGCCCUCCUGACGAACUCUGACGAAACUGAUUUCCCCUCACCCGCCGCCAUGUGUUGGGGUGCGAGAAUUGCAGGGAAUCAUGGAUCUGUCUCUGGCAAGGUCAAGAACAGAGCAAACCCGAGGCAGGGGGGGAAGGUGAUGGUAAAUUAGGGAAGCAGGGAGGAAUGGCGCUGUUUCUUGGGGAUUUGGUGUGCUUCAUCUCUUUCUCCCUCCACCACGCAGCGACUUAGCCGCUGGUUUCGCUCCACUACGUACAUAAUCUUUCGUUCCCUCUCCCUGGUGUCUCCGUGCUCGAUCAGUUUCUCUUUCGGCUGUAGGCUGCGUUAGUUGUCCGCCAGCUUGUAAAGUAAUAUGGAAGAUGUCAGCGAGAGUUAGUUUGAACGGCCAAGCCAGGGCGACUUCUGCGCAAGUCCGUUCCCAGCGAAGCUGAUAGACCCGUAAGUGUCCGUUUCGUUGCUUACGGUUAAUCUCCAGCGGAUUGUUCGUUACUGCAGUGCUCAAGACUAAUCUAAUAUGGAGGACGGCAAAGAAGCUGCCGCCCGUCCUGAAAACGGAUCUGGCUUACCGCCGAAUCUUCCGGUGCCGUUUGACUCGACCCAAAAGGCAUCUGGUGUGUCGUCAAAUCUCCCGCACCUCCCCCCACCCGCUUCGCGCGGCUUCGAACCUCCUCGAGAUCCGUCCAAAAUCCUCACCGCCCAAGAUAUACCCUCUCAAAUAGAAACGACUCCGAUUUCUACCCCUGGUUCCGUUCCCGGCGGUCACGUAAUUGGGAACAUUCCAGGCGGAGGUCCCGGAAUUUCCGGAACUCAUGGAAGCUCUUUUCCCGGUCAAGGUGGGGUCGAAGGAAGCGGUCCGAGCACGCCCGGCCCUCCCGCGGCUUUAAUCGGCGGCGUAGGCGGUUCGUCGGGGAUGGAGACUACGCCGCAACGGACGCCGCCCGGUCGCGGCUCGGAUACUAAGGCGUUCGUUAAGGAGCUCCAGGCGUUCUUCGAGACGCGUCAUCAGGAGUUUAAGGUUCCCAAGUUCUAUGGCGUGGAGGUGGAUCUGUUAAAACUUUGGCAAGUUGUCUGCUCCUUCGGUGGCUUUGACAAGGUGACAAGUGGCAAGCUCUGGCGCGUCGUUGGAGACCAAUUCGACCCACCCAAAUCAUGCACGACACUCUCCUGGUCAUUCCGGGGUUUCUACGAGAAGGCUCUGCUGGAGUACGAACGGCAUGUGGGUGUUGAUCCCAUGCUGGAGGGCACCCUGGCCAUCACCCCGAGAUCCGACGCCAAGCACCACGGGGGCAGGAG